CAUAAAGAGGGGAGUAUUUAAAUUUGCUGUUUCCACCUGAAUUCCGGGUUGGGCAGUGAAUGGGGGAAGUAAGUGUGCUGCAGAAUUUGGUGGGCUGCCAAUCGGGAUUUGCAAGCACACUCCGGAAGGACACUAGGGGCUUCUACAGGCCUGUCUGCGAAAUCUGGUGGCCGCGGGACACUACUUGUGCUCGCCACGUCACCAGCUUGUUACUGCACUUAUGGGACUCGCCACGUCAACAAGUGAUACUGCAGUGCUGGUAUGUAUACGACCAGGAUGUACUAGGCCGCUGGUGCUUUGCCAGUUCACCAAAAGGUAGAACGGCACUAGUACUGGCACUCUGCUGCAUAUGAGAGUCAUC